CAGCAAUUAUGCGCGAGCACCGGGGUUGCUCGCUGCAUGGACAUGGAUCCCGACCCUUAUCAGACCAAUGCACGCCAACACAACGACGAUCGCGCACACCCACGAUGCCAACGGUAACACGGGUUAGGCCAAUGACACACGAAUGGCAGGCACGUGCCUGCAGGCAUCGGCGGGCACUCACACCAACCUUCACGGCAUUCAUCUUCAUCUUCAUCCUCGCCGCAUGCAACCUGGCCUCCACACCAGUGGCGCUUGGGUACGAGUGCAGCCAGUGCCCGGAUGGCCGGUUCGUGAGCCAGGAGGCUUGCGCCGCUGCCCUUCAAUCCAACGAGACAACCAUCGUCGUGGACGCAACCAGCAGCACGGCAACCAUCACCGGCAACUGGGCCAUUGUCGCUUCACCACAGCCGUCAAGUCCAGAGCCGCCAUCAAACUUCCUUGGCGCCUUCUACUACAGCGACGAUGAUAUGGGCAAAGGCACAAAAGUCAUCACCAUGGUCGUCAGCGUCUUUGCCCCAGGCACUUACAGCGUGGCUCUCCUGCACCCGCUCAGCAUCGUCGCUGCUUCUCGCGUGCCCGUCAGAAUCACCUCCGACGCAAGCACAGAGACGACCCUCGUCUACGUCGACCAGCGCGAGCAGACAAGCGCAAACUUCACAGACGGCGUCGGUGGAACACUCCUCUCUGCCAGCUUGAGGGCCACGUCCUACAUCAACGUCACCGUCUCCACAGAGCGCACGCACCUGGACAACGACAACUUCUUCGGCAGCUUUGUCUUUGUCGACGGCGUCUUCAUCCAGGCAGCUACCGUGGACGCAGACUGCUCCCCGUGCAGCACCAUCUGCUCCACCACCCAGUUUGUGGCCGCGCCCUGCACCUCAAGCUCCGACCGCGUCUGCAGCAACAUCACAGACUGCAGCCUUGACAUGGGCUUGUACCAGAAGGUGCCGCCAACCCUCACCUCAGAUGCCGCGUGCGCAAACGUGUCCCAGUGUGAUCCGGGCUUCUUCGUCAGCAAGGAGGCUACCCGCACCACUGACAUCGACUGUGAACCCGUCACAGCGUGCAACACCACAAACACAUACGAAGCCGUUGUCGCCACCCCAACUUCCAACACCAUGUGCAGACCUUACUGCCACGCCUGUGCGCCAAACUCGGAAACACGCUACCCUUGUGAUGACACUGGCGCCUCCGGUGCGCUGCUUGCCAACGCCCUCACGCAGACGCUCGCAUCCCAGGACAACACGCCGCCGCUGCCAGAGCUGGCCAACACCGCAAGCGCCACCUUCGACAUCACUGGUCCCUGGGUUACCAUCACCCAGAACAACGUGCAGUACCUCAGCGACAACAACGACAACAAGGGCUUGGUAGAGCUGCGCAUCAACGUCACCGUGCGCCCUGGCCUCUACAAGGUCUCCUUCUCGUACGCAGCCAUGUCUGUCACGGCAUCCACCCGCGUGCCUGUUUCCUUCACCCACGCCACAGGUAACUUCUCCACCCGCGUGGACCAGUCCACCAUCGACCCAUCCGGCUUCCACACCCUCGGCACCUUCUACAUCGACGACGCCGGUGCCUCCUUCCUCAUCGAGAACAGGGACAGCUCAAACCUUGGCAUCGACUUUGGCAGCGCAGUCACCUUUCGCGAGCUUCGCCUUGAUGCCGCCAAGCUGCCCAUCAUCUGCCAGCCGUGCACCCAGCCGCCCACCUGCGGCGAAGGCCAGUUCAUCGGGCCAGAAUGCGUGUGUACGGCCUUCUCGUCCUGCUCUAGCGCCCAGUACGAGGUUGCCGCACCAACCCUGACCACAGACCGCCAGUGCGCAAACCUCACGACGUGCGCAUCGGGCGAGUACGAGCACACACCUCCAACACCAACUUCAGACAGAGACUGUCGGCCAGUCUUGCCGGGCUGCCACGACCUCACCAUACAGACAAUGGCACCAACACCAACCUCGGACCGCCAGUGCGAGAGUUUGUGUGCCCAGUGCCCAGAUGGCUCCUAUCGUACCCAGCAGUGUGAGCUCUACAUUGCCGCAGAUGCCAUCAAUGCAACCACAACGCUGGACAUUGACAGCACCCACAUCACGGCUGUGGGACCGUGGGUGCGCGUCAACGAACAGGCGGGUGACUUUGCCUCCUACCUCACCGACAAUGACGAGAACAAGGGCGACGUGUACCUCAACGCAUCCGCUAUGCUCGACCCUGGCGUGUAUGACGUUGAAAUCGCCUACAAGGCACAGACAAACGCAGCAACCAACGUCCCCAUAACCAUCACCACACCUUUUCGCACCAUCAGCCUGGAAAUCGACCAGCGCACCAUCCCCUCCUCAGGCUGGUACACCCUCAGCACCAUCACUGCAGAUGCGCUCGUUCCCAUCACGUUCCUCAUCGAGAACAGGGACACGCACAUCAACACGGAAAACUUCUUCGGCAACGAAGUCACAUUCGCAGCCCUCCGCUUCGUCGCAAGGCACAAGCAACGCACGUGCUCCCCUUGCUCUGAGUGCAAGCCUGGCUUCCUCGUCGAUCAGGAGUGCACACCCACAUCCGACACAACCUGUAGAGUCGGAUACAACGCAUCGGCUCUUGUCCACGUGAGCACAAGCAUCGGCGCCUUCCACGUCACCGUAGACAAUGGCAUCAUUCCAACAAGCCCAGAAAAUCACACAGAUGUGCACAGCAAACUCACAGGAACGCUCCGAUAUGGCUUCCCAGCGGGCCUGGCGCCUGGCGGGAGCACGUCUGUUUCUGUUGAGCUUGACCAGGGCGAGGGCGCUGGCGCGAUGGCUGCGUCGCUGUCUGCAUCGCUGGGGUACUCGCGCGGGCGCGCUGGAGCGAGCAGCGUUGAGGCGCAGCUGCUGACCGGGGAGGUGUGGCCGGACUCGCGGAGGGUGUACGUUGCGGUGCAGGUGCGGGAUGCGCGCGGGAGCACGCGGACGAGCAGCACGACGGUGCAUGUGCGGCUUGUUGGCGGGGCGACGCUGCAGCAGGAGGUUGACACGAGCAUGCCGAGUGGAACGUGCAGCACGGACAGCGGGACGGGCGCGUGCAUUGCGUCUGUGGAUGUGCCUGAGGCGUGGGUGACUGACGCUGCGGCGGUUGAUGCGAGCCAGAACGGCGGCGGGGACGACGGCAGCGGCGCGCUGAAUGUGAGCGUGGAGUAUGCGCUGACGGCUGGGUUCCAGGACGCGGGGCGCGUGUCUGAGGUGCUGCUGGUGCGGCCCGAGAGCGCGUUUGACCCGAGCGGAAGCAACGGCUUGCUGAUUGCGCGGGUGCCGCAGGCAUCACUGAAGAGCGGCGACGAGUUUGAGGUGUCGCUCAGUGUGCAGGCGGAGCGUGCGAUCAACACGUUCCGCACGAGCCUGUUUGUUGGGCCCGAGCUUGAGCUUGUGCGGUUUGAGGUUGACGAGGAUGUGUGGACGGGCCAGUACGGCGUGACGGCUGAUGGGCGGAACGCGACUGGGAGCUACAUUCUGAGGGACCCGAAGACAGCGUCGCAGGAUGCACAAACGGAGGAGCAGGCGGUUGCGACGGUUGUGGUGCGGGUACGGGACGGCGCGGGGACGAGCGCUGCAGUGCAGCCGCUUGUGUCUGUGCGGGCUGUGUACCUGAGCGACAUUGACCGGCGGCCGCUGCUUGUUGGCGGCGGAGCGGAGCCUGCAACUGUGAUUGUGCGGCGAGGCGGGGCUUACGGGUCUACCGACGGGCUUGCGCGUGACGGCAACGGAUUUGUUGUUGUGGAGCCUGAGCGAGUGGUUGGGCUUGUUGCGAGCGCGGCGCGCGCUGAGCUUGUGAACACGGCUGUGCUGAGCGGGAGCGAGGAGACGUCUGCGCUCUCUGUGCGUGCUGUGAGCAGCUGGCGGCCUGGGCAGUUUGCAGUUGUGUCUGCGGGGAGCCCUGGGCUGGCGUGCAUGAGCCUGAACACGAGCGUGUUGCUGGCGGAUGCUGACUGCGGGCGCGUGCGCGUGACGGGCGCCGAGAGCGGCGGGUCGCCGUCUGUGGGCGUGAGCGUUGAGUAUGGCGGGCAGUCCGCGCGGGUGUGGGUGCGCGUGUGGUACCCUGAGGAGCCGGUGCAGGUAGUGCUUGACCGGGACGUUGUGCGGCGGGUGGCGCGGUGGCAGCGCGACGCUGGGCACGAUGCGUCUGACGGGUGCGUGUCGCUGGGGACAAGCCAGUUCCAGCGGGCGCGCGUGAGCGUUGUUGGGCGGUUCCGGAGCGGGGACGCUGUGAGCGCAGCGCUGAGCCUGGGCGGGCUGCUGGGGCAGUCGCAGCUUGCGGUUGUGAACCAGAGCGUGGCACGGGUUGACCCUGUUGUGUCUGGGCACGUGCAGGGCGUUGGCGCUGGGCAGACGGUGGUGCGCGUAUUGAGCGCCGCGGUGAGCGGGUCCCGCGUUAUCGGCGAGGCGAUGCUUGAGGCGCAGGACAGCUACGUUGGGAUUGUUGGGCUGGACGUUGUUGUUGCGAGCGCGGUGCGCGUGAGCGGCGGCAUGAGCGAGCUUGGCAAUGACCCUGGGUCGAGCGCGGAGGCGACUGUUGUGGUUGAGCGGGACGUGCUUGACUUUGAGGGCCAGCGGGCGUCUGUGUUUGUGAGCGCUGUGUUUGAGGACCUGACGCGGAUGGAGCUUGGGGUUGGACGGGAGGUUCGGCUGCGGACGCUUGCGCCGGGGACGGUGCGGGUUGUCGGCAACGGGGCUGAGCCCGGGGUGAUUGUUGUGCCUGGGCGCGCGGUGGAUGGAAGCGGGGAGUUGAUUGAAGCGAUUUGGCAGGGCGGCAACGCGAACGCGGAGUGCGGCGUGCUUGAGGUUGUGCGCGGGCGCGGGUAUGUGAGCGUUGCACUGCCACCUGCUGAUGCAGCGCGGGCGACGGUGUCUGCGAGCCGGCUGACGUUUGCGGGGGACGCGGCUGAGACUGCUGGCGUUGCGACGAGCGCGGAGCUGACGGUUGAGCUGGAGUACCCUGACCGUGUUGUGACGGCGACGCAGGACAACCGGACGCUGAUUGACCUGAGCGGGGCGAUGGGCCUGGUUUCGCUUGAGGAAGGCGGAAGCACGGGGCUGCGGCUUGUGGCCAACGCGAGCAAGGCCGGGGAGCUUGGCGCCGGGUCUGUUGCGGUGAUCCGGGUGAGCUUCAUGCACGAGAACGUGAGCGCGACUGUGUCUGUGACGGUUGUUGCGGGCGUUGGUGUGCGGGCGGACGCGAACCCGUACCCUGCGUACAGCGGGUCGAGCGGGGUGUCUGUUCGGACGCUGCACCGGCUUGCUGGGACGACGCCGGCGGUGUACGAGGCGCUUGUGGUGCGGGCGUAUCUUGCGCUGAGCAACGGACAGGAGAUUGAGGUGUCGACGGCGGGCGCGCUUGCUGUGCGACAGGAGUCGGCUCAGCUGUUUGAGGGCGGGGCGCUUGUGUCGGACGUGAGCGGACAGGCUGUUGUUGACAUCUCGCGCGUGACGGGCAGCGGCAGCGGCACCGCACAGAACCACGUGAGCGUGGGGACGAGCAGUGCUGGGCGCGCUGUGCUGAACGGUACGAACACAAGCGGAUCGCUUGUUGUGCAGCUGCGGCUGGAGUACGCGAGCAGCGUGACAUCUGCGUCGCAGGACCUUGUGGUGAAUGUGACGCGGGAAGCUGCGGUUGUGGCUGCGCUGGAGGGCGUUAGUGUUGCAGCUGGGAGCACGCUGCGCGGGAGCGUUGGCGCGGAGACGACGGUGGACAUGCGAGCUGUGCUUGACAGCGGGCGUGUGCUGCCGACGCUGUUCUCUGGGGGCCAGGCGCUGUAUCCCGGGCUUGUUGUGUUUUCGAGCAGCGACCUGAGCGGCGCGAGCAUCGGAGCGCGGAGCGGGGUAGUUCGCCUGGAAGGCAACGCGGCAGAUGUUGUGACGCUGACGGCGACUGUUGACGAUGGGCGCAGCGGCGGGAGUGCGGUGCGCGGGACGGUUGGUGUUGCGUGCAACCUUGAUCCUGAGGUUGGGGAUGCGGACAUUGGGUCUGCGAGCGGGGUUGCCGUGGGCCCACUGAGGGUGGGCGAGACGGUGACGGUUCCCGUGCGCGUGAACACUGGCGGCGCAGCGCUUGGGGCGUACGAGCUUGCGGUGAUGUUUGAUACGACGGUGCUUGAGUUUGUGUCUGCGACGGCGAGUGUGAACGGGCUGUUUGACCGGAACGCGCAGACGGCGGGGCGAGUUGAGUUUGGCGGGACAGUGUCUGGGGACAGUGUGUCUGGCAGCGCGCUUGAGGUUGCUGAGCUUGAGUUCCGUGUUGUGGGUGCCGGGUCGAGCGUGCUGAGUGGGACUGUUGUGACGCUGAGCCAGCCUGAUGUGAGCGGGACGGCGAUUGGCAGCGGGACUGAGCGUGCGUUUAUUGCUGGCCGCGUACCGUUUGAGGCGACGAGCACGCGCCGCCGCCGUAGCAGCAGCAGCGGCAGCGGCAGCGGCAGCGGGAAGCAGGGCGCUUUGCUUGGGGCAACUGCGGUUGACGAGGCCGUUGAAGCGCACGCGGAAGCGCGGCGACGGAUGCGCCGCAACACGGGGGCACCUCAGCGGGGCGACACGAACGGCGACGGCGUGUUUGGCGUGAGCGAUGUGCGGUUUGUGCUGACGUACCUUGUUGAGAAGGAGCUCAAGUUUGUGUCUGCGCGUGGGCAGGCUGUGCUUGCGCUGCAUGCGAGCAAGCCGUACACGUACGAUGAGCUUGACGCGGACCUGAACACGGAGCGGAACGAGGACGAUGCGGCGUUCCUGAACCGGGUCAACUUUGGGCUGCUGCGGUUUGUGACGGGUGUUGGUGUGCAGGCUGUGAGCAGCGGCACGGCGUGUGAGCUUGAGGUGAGCGCUGUGCUCCUGGAUAAGGGGGACGGCGCAGCGUCUGGCGCUGAUACGCGGGUGUACUUUGACCUUGAGGGCGGCAGCGUGCCUGCUGGCUUGACAAGCGGGGAGAGCAGCCUUGGGCUUGAGCUGAGCACGAGCGCGUCUGUGUUCAGUGAGGGCCGGUUUGUGACGCUGAGCAAAGGGUCUGGCACGCUGAGCGGAGCGAUUGUUGAGGCUGAGCUUGUGAAUGCGAGCGUGGGGCUGUGGCGCGUGAGCGUGCCUGUAUCGACGGUUCGCACGGACAUUGGGCUGAGCGUGAUCCAGGUGACGCGCGACACGCCGGAAGCGCUGUUUGUGUUUAUGGGCGGACGGACGCAGGGCUCCAAGGCGUACACGGGCCAGGUGAGUGUUACGCUUGGCGCGUUUGGCGGGGACGAUGUGGCUGUGAAGACACCUGUGCCACAAGGGUACAACCCGCUGCAGACGUUUGACAACACGGUUGACAGCGUGAGCUGCAAGCUUGCGAGUGGACUGUGUGCUGUGGUUCCGUGUCCUGGCGGGCAGGUGCUGGAUGGCGUUUGCACGCUGUCGAACAACACGUAUUGCCGGGACUAUGCGAUUGCCGCGGGCAGCGCUGUGAUAGUCGGGGACGUUGUUCCCCAGGGCAGCGGCGCGUUUGCGGUUGUGGGCGACGGCGCGGGUGCGGGCGGCAACGCUACGAUGCCGACGACGAGCGAGGACGAAUGGCUGGCAAGCGUUGGCCAGAGUGGCGGGGUUGUGCUUUCGCUGGACAGCCCUGUGACGAGUGGCGACACGGACGCGAGCGGGACGUUUCGAUAUGGCUUCCCAGCGGGCCUGGCGCCUGGCGGGAGCACGUCUGUUUCUGUUGAGCUUGACCAGGGCGAGGGCGCUGGCGCGAUGGCUGCGUCGCUGUCUGCAUCGCUGGGGUACUCGCGCGGGCGCGCUGGAGCGAGCAGCGUUGAGGCGCAGCUGCUGACCGGGGAGGUGUGGCCGGACUCGCGGAGGGUGUACGUUGCGGUGCAGGUGCGGGAUGCGCGCGGGAGCACGCGGACGAGCAGCACGACGGUGCAUGUGCGGCUUGUUGGCGGGGCGACGCUGCAGCAGGAGGUUGACACGAGCAUGCCGAGUGGAACGUGCAGCACGGACAGCGGGACGGGCGCGUGCAUUGCGUCUGUGGAUGUGCCUGAGGCGUGGGUGACUGACGCUGCGGCGGUUGAUGCGAGCCAGAACGGCGGCGGGGACGACGGCAGCGGCGCGCUGAAUGUGAGCGUGGAGUAUGCGCUGACGGCUGGGUUCCAGGACGCGGGGCGCGUGUCUGAGGUGCUGCUGGUGCGGCCCGAGAGCGCGUUUGACCCGAGCGGAAGCAACGGCUUGCUGAUUGCGCGGGUGCCGCAGGCAUCACUGAAGAGCGGCGACGAGUUUGAGGUGUCACUCAGUGUGCAGGCGGAGCGUGCGAUCAACACGUUCCGCACGAGCCUGUUUGUUGGGCCCGAGCUUGAGCUUGUGCGGUUUGAGGUUGACGAGGAUGUGUGGACGGGCCAGUACGGCGUGACGGCUGAUGGGCGGAACGCGACUGGGAGCUACAUUCUGAGGGACCCGAAGACAGCGUCGCAGGAUGCACAAACGGAGGAGCAGGCGGUUGCGACGGUUGUGGUGCGGGUACGGGACGGCGCGGGGACGAGCGCUGCAGUGCAGCCGCUUGUGUCUGUGCGGGCUGUGUACCUGAGCGACAUUGACCGGCGGCCGCUGCUUGUUGGCGGCGGAGCGGAGCCUGCAACUGUGAUUGUGCGGCGAGGCGGGGCUUACGGGUCUACCGACGGGCUUGCGCGUGACGGCAACGGAUUUGUUGUUGUGGAGCCUGAGCGAGUGGUUGGGCUUGUUGCGAGCGCGGCGCGCGCUGAGCUUGUGAACACGGCUGUGCUGAGCGGGAGCGAGGAGACGUCUGCGCUCUCUGUGCGUGCUGUGAGCAGCUGGCGGCCUGGGCAGUUUGCAGUUGUGUCUGCGGGGAGCCCUGGGCUGGCGUGCAUGAGCCUGAACACGAGCGUGUUGCUGGCGGAUGCUGACUGCGGGCGCGUGCGCGUGACGGGCGCCGAGAGCGGCGGGUCGCCGUCUGUGGGCGUGAGCGUUGAGUAUGGCGGGCAGUCCGCGCGGGUGUGGGUGCGCGUGUGGUACCCUGAGGAGCCGGUGCAGGUAGUGCUUGACCGGGACGUUGUGCGGCGGGUGGCGCGGUGGCAGCGCGACGCUGGGCACGAUGCGUCUGACGGGUGCGUGUCGCUGGGGACAAGCCAGUUCCAGCGGGCGCGCGUGAGCGUUGUUGGGCGGUUCCGGAGCGGGGACGCUGUGAGCGCAGCGCUGAGCCUGGGCGGGCUGCUGGGGCAGUCGCAGCUUGCGGUUGUGAACCAGAGCGUGGCACGGGUUGACCCUGUUGUGUCUGGGCACGUGCAGGGCGUUGGCGCUGGGCAGACGGUGGUGCGCGUAUUGAGCGCCGCGGUGAGCGGGUCCCGCGUUAUCGGCGAGGCGAUGCUUGAGGCGCAGGACAGCUACGUUGGGAUUGUUGGGCUGGACGUUGUUGUUGCGAGCGCGGUGCGCGUGAGCGGCGGCAUGAGCGAGCUUGGCAAUGACCCUGGGUCGAGCGCGGAGGCGACUGUUGUGGUUGAGCGGGACGUGCUUGACUUUGAGGGCCAGCGGGCGUCUGUGUUUGUGAGCGCUGUGUUUGAGGACCUGACGCGGAUGGAGCUUGGGGUUGGACGGGAGGUUCGGCUGCGGACGCUUGCGCGCGGGGACGGUGCGGGUUGUCGGCAACGGGGCUGAGCCCGGGGUGAU